AUGUCCUACACCAUGGCGGUUCAAACGCCAGCGAAAUCGACUGUUGCGACAAAGGAUGUCAAGAAGGAUGAUGAGCCUCCUCCAUUGACAUUCUCAGUCCUCGAAAAGGAAAUUGACAAGCAAGAUGCUAUGAGAUUAGUCGCCGACAGCAUUGCGCAACAACGACAAACUGCCUCAUUUUCAGUCAUUGCGCAUCCCGUCUGUUUCGUCGGCUUGGUCGCAGCCUGCACUGCCGUUUAUCGCCAAAAUGUACACCGCGACUUAGGCACGACACUCGUCAUGGUCUCUGGACUCAUAAUUGCCUACUUGGCGGGUGUGCGACUCCUGACGGCCAACUAUAUCCGACUUGCUGAGAGCCUGAAGUGGAAAGAAUGGAUCGCCAGCCCUGAGGGGAAAGAAGACUACGUUCUGGCAGCUCGAUAUGGCGAGGAGCUCAUUGCGACUAUUGUGCUGCGGAUUCUGGCACCGGCUGGCUCUACCAAGAAGACACGGUCAUCUUCAGUCAAGGGCGGCAGCGGAGUUAUCCGCGCCUGGACCACCAAGUACAGAUAUCGCAACAAGGGGAUUGGGGGGGACAUGUUGCGCAUGGCCAUUCUGACGACGCGAAGCAAGUGCGGCGAGGGGGCGCAAGUAUCAUUUGACCCGAAUCACGCCAACAGCGCGCGGCCUCUUCACGAAAUGUUCAACAGACCUUUUAUCAAGCGGGAGGAGAAAGCGCAGAAGGCGUUGGCGCAUGCAUUGGAGUCUUGCGAUCGGGGUGAUAGCAGUUUCAAAAUGGAAUAA